AUGGCGGGCGCGGGGCGGGGCGCGGCGGGGGCGGCGGGGGGCGUGCUGGCGUUGGAGGUGUGCGCGCCGCUGCUGCUGCUGUGCUGGCUGUGCUGCUGGCCCGACGACGCCAGCUCCGGUAUCUACCUCAUACAACAUAACAGUACGUCUGGCAAACACCCACAGAGGCCCGUGCUGUCUCACGCUCACGAGUCGGGGUCCCGGCGGCGCUCCAGCGAGGUGCUCGGGCGACGCGCCGGCAGUAGCGCGGUGUCGCUGCACCUGCCCAGCACAUCAGGUAGCUACAAGAAGCCCCUGUCAGCGCACCGCAGUCACGAGGAGAUCGCGCGGCGCAAGCUGUCGCAGGCGGAGGCGGAGGCCGAGGCGCGCUACCACUCCGCGCCCAGCGUCAUCGACGAGGUGCUGCAUCGCCGCGCCUGGGAGCGCUCCGCCCGCGACCUGCGCGUGCCGCUGCACUCGCCCGGCAGCCCGUCCGCGCCCCGAGCCUCGCCCGAGUCCUCCCCCGACACCCCGCCCCACCCCGCGACGCCCGCCUGCAAGAAGCACCACUCCAACAUCAAGUGCUCGCGCCCCAACAAGGAGAAGCUCUCCACCGACAUCAAAGACGACGACGAGUCGCCCGGCUUCUACAUCGGCGAGAGCUCCCCACUCCACGGCAAUAUCGGCGAGGGCUCCCCCCGCCACAGCAACAACGACGAGCGCUGUGACGACACGCCCACCAGGUCGGCGCACAGAGGCAAGGACGACAAGCAAUCGCUGAACGAGUCUAUCCGCAGCCGCGAGCGUCGCGCCGUGCCGGACGAGCGGCACCCCGCCAGCCUGGGCUUCUGCCUGAGUGACGUCAUCGAGCAGCUGGACCGCCUGACGCCGCCGGACCGCUCGGGCGCCGCGCACCGCAGCGCCGAGUCCCGCGUCAGCACGCACCGCGCCCUCUACCCGCCGCCCUCCGUCGAGCCGGUGGGGUACGACGGGGGCGCAUGCUACCUGGCGGAGUCGGGGGCCCUGUCGGAGCUGCGGGGCGCCGGGGCCCGCGACGACCCCGCCGGGGCCCUGCGCGCCCGCCACGCCAGCGACGGCGACAUCCUCGCGCCCCCGCACCGCCCCGAGUCCGGCGCCUUCUCAGAGAGCGACCUGGAGCUGGAGCUGGAGGGCGCGGAGGAACGGCCGCCGCCCUACCACGAGCUGCAGCAGCACGCCGCGCCCGACCGCAAGGAGACCGCCAUAUAGACGCCGCCCGAGUGAACCCCGACGAACCAACAUUUAAGAAACUACUUCAAUAUAUUCUGAUUUUCACUCAAACUUACUACAAACUCAAUGUGUGUUGAAUACAUACAAGUACAUUAUGUAUAUUGAAUAAAAAAAAGUUAGGAGGUCUUUGAUCAACGAAACUUGUUGUGUUGAUGUUUAAUCAGUACUUAGGUAUGUGCUUCAGCGCCUUUAAAUGUUAAGCUUUCCAUAUUAUUUAUGUAAUCAACGGGUAAAUGUAAUACAAUUUAUUCAUUACUUGUAAAGCUACCUACUGUAAGAGUUCAAAAUAGUAUUUACGAAAAAUCUACAUAUAUUUUAUAUGAGAAUGAAUGUACUGAGAGAUAUUUACUUACUUAUAAGAAAAACUGCUUUAAUUAUGUAACAGAACCGCGUCCAGGGUCGUGAGUUUGGAGUGUGUGCUUGAUUCAAUGUUUGCACCCAAAAGUUGAAUACGUUGGGGCCCAGUGGCCAGUGGUAUUCAACUGUUGGGCGGGUACUGACCCGCCUGAUGCGGCUCUGUAACAUAUCGCGCCGUACCGUGGACUAUAACUUUGUGUGGGUCUUUCAUCAGCGAAGUCAGUGAGUCCUGCUGACUGUGCUCACAGUCCUACUGACUGCUCCAUGGGCUUGUAACACGUCAUGCGUGUCGGACUGGUGAAAUGUCUGUAAAGUCAAUAGUACCUAAGUGUUUGCCGCUGCCUCUGUGACUGUGUUACUAACAUUAAGAAUUAAUACUACCGAAGUUAGUUAGUUGACGUCAAUUAGGUGUAUGUACCCUGUUCUCUAUUAAAACAUGUCUGUUAAUUAUGGUAAAGUCGAGAACAACUGUCGAGGCAGAUCAUACUAGUGAAAUAGUUUAAGCUAAGCUAGACGUGAAUAUGAGCAGAGUAGUCGCCGUGACUGCUUCACUUGUACAUAGUGUUAGUGCAAGUAGUUGGGUGCAUAACAAAGAUCUAGUCAAUCGUUUCGUGUUAAUAAACUUUAUGUUACGACGUGUGUGUUUUAUUGCAGUGCGUCGAGUGGCGACACCAGGGGCCCGAUUCUCCUAAGUUAAUAAUGUCAAAAUCGAAUAGAAAACGAAUCACAAUAUGAUCGCAAUAGCAGUUUUAACUCGGGCA